AGACCGCAAAAACUCAAUGCUUCUAGAGGGAAAAUUCUCCGUCGUCCAGAUGAACACGAAUAAACGGCUCAGAUUUAACCAACCGAGUCGAUUACCCAGCUCAGGUGAGUCAGGUAUAGAGAACGAGCGAGUCCUGGUUCUCGUCUUCGAGUCCAUUAGCUGGGACAUUCACACGCUAUGCGCAAUCGCAUCCCUCAGCCGCAGAUUUUGCGCAAUCGCCAGACGAAUUCUGUGGCGGCGGCUCUGCGUGAACCGUGCGCCGGGGAUGGUGGCGGCAUUAUCCGGCUCAGAUCCCAGCGGCCGGAUCGACGGCGGAUGGCACGCGUUAGCGAAACUCAUGUUCUUCUGCGGCGGAGGUGAGUCGAACCGGUAUUUCAAUCUAAGUCAACCGUCGCCGGGUCACUUUGCCUGCGAGUCCAGAUUCUCCAAGACAUCCGGGAGAUUCUUCCUGCCGAAGAAUUGCCGCCGUGAUCUCCUAUACAUGAGCGAUCCGUGCGAGCAUCACGCGGUGGGUGGAGAUGAGCAUUUAGGGGUUUUCAGAGGGGUAUUUCGGGACUUCAUGAGGUCAAAGACGAGGGAGUGUCUCGUGAGAAGACAAGCGGCGCUGGAGGAGAAGGUUAGGUGUCCGUAUUGCGGAGGGCGCGUGUGGAGCAUGACGGCGGCGCGUCUCAUCCCGAAGAGUGCGGCGCGGCGGCUGGGAUCACGUGAAGGUGGAUUAGAGUUCUUCGUGUGUGUCAACGGUCACUUGCACGGCACCUGCUGGCUGAUUCCGCUUUCAACGGAAGAAGAAGACGACGACAACAGUGACGGCAGUGUGAUCUAAUCCAAUGGUGGUGGCGAUGUCCACGUGGAAUUAGGUCUCUUGGGGCAUAUGCAAACCACAAGAGGAAAAUCUCAGUUAGAUUCUCCUAUGACAUGUGGAGCUCACUAGUUGCAGGAUGAUUAGAAGAUCUUUACCGAUUUGUUUAGUUGUUUGGUAUGGUUUUAGAUUAUUUUGGUACACUCCACAGUCAUCAGAUAAAUAUUUUAUUGUAUC